AUGUUCACCAUUUCCAUCAUUCUCUUUUUCACCAUUCUCUACAAUAUUUAUUGGUACUAUUUGAGAGGAGAGAAAUCCCUCAAAGGUAAAAAUGUUCUCAUCACUGGUGGUUCUAGAGGCAUUGGUCGUCUCGUGGCUGAACUUCUUCUCUCCAAAGAACAAGUGAAUUGUGUGGUCAUUUGGGAUGUAGAUCAAACUUCACUUUCAGAAUGUCAAUCUGUCUUGUCCAAACAAUAUGGUCAAGAUCGUAUCAUUACCUCUCAAGUAGAUAUUUCAGAUCAUGAAAAAGUCUAUCGAGAACGUGAUGCACUCUAUGAAUUAUUUAAAAAUAAGAAUUCUUCAGAAUCAUCAUUCUCUUCAAGUAUUGAUAUUCUUAUUAACAAUGCUGGUAUUGUGAACGGUAAACCAUUAUUACAGACUUCUGAUGAUCGUAUUAAUAUGGUAUUGAAUGUGAAUACUAUUUCACAUUGUUAUACAGUGAAAGCAUUCCUUCCAGAAAUGAUUAAAAAUCAACAACACUCUUCUCCUCAUAUUGUGACCAUUGCGAGUGCUGCUGCAUUGUGUGGAACUUCAUCAUUGUGUGAUUACAGUGCAAGUAAAUUUGGUGCAUUUGGAUUCAAUGAAGCAUUGAGAUUGGAAAUGAAACAUUUGAAUUAUAACAUUGAUACCACUUGUGUUUGUCCAUUCUAUAUUAAGACUGAUUUAUUUGCUGGAAUCAAAGAUGUCAUUCCAUAUCUAUUCCCUGUAUUGGAUCCAAUGUAUGUAGCAAAGAGAAUUGUUCAAGGUAUUAAAAAGAGAGAAGAAGUAGUCAUUAUUCCAGAAAUGUUAAGAAUUACUUACUUGUUGAGAUUUUUAUUACCAGUUUCAGUAUUUGAUCGAUUGGUGGCACUUUUAGGAAUUAGUAGUAGUAUGGAUCAUUUCAUUGGAAGAAAGACAGAGAGUAGUAGUAGUGCCAGUGGUAAUAGUGGUGGUAAUAGUGGUGGUAAUAGUGGUGGUAAUAGUGGUGGUAAUAGUGGUGGUAAUAGUGGUGGUGGGAAUAUUGCUGUUGAAAUUGGAAAGAAGAAGGAAGAAACCAAAAAGAAUUUUGUUCAGCCUAGUGGCACUCUACUCAUGUCCUCACUCAAAGAAAGGCUUCGUGCCAAAGAACAACAACAACUGGCUGCUGCUAGUUCGACUAGUACUCCUCUUCCGACUAAUAACACGAUUGAAAGUUGUACUCAACCUCACAAUUACACUCUCUAUUUAUAUAAACAAAACCUUCAAUUACCUACUAUGGAUAUUCAUUGCAUGAUGAUUCUAUCGUAUAUUCAAUUAUUACCUAAUCAAUAUCAACAAUAUAUUAAUAUUAAAUUUGAAAACAAAUAUAUGAAUAUCAUAUUACAUGAUCAAAAUAUGAACAAGUAUUAUUAUGGAAUUGAUGACAUUAUGAAAGUCAUUCAGAAUGAAUUUCAAAAUUUUGAUCAAGAUCACCAACACUCCACUCGAAUUCAAUUUCUCAAUACUCUUAUCAAUGAACAAUUAUUACCAAUUCUUAUUCAUUAUUGGUAUGGACAUGAAGAUAACUAUACAAUCAUUUAUGAUAGUUAUGUUGGGAAAUUAUCACUCAUUGAUGGAAUUCGAUUACAUUUUAUUAAGAGAAAAUAUUUAAAGAAUGAAUAUUAUCGAAAAUUGACAAGUCAAAAAACUGAAGAAGAAAUUUAUGAAUUAUUACAAUAUUCAUUACAAUUAGUUUCUAAUUUAUUAGUCAAUCAUACGAAUGGAUUUAUAUUGGAUGAAAAUGAGACACAACCAAGUGAAUUCGAUGCUAAAUUAUUUGCCAUUCUCUCAUGUUUGUAUUAUCCUGAAUUUGUAUCCAAACAUUAUAGAGAUUUAUUUAGACAUUAUCCUCCAUUGAUUUCAUAUCUACAUCGAAUGAGUAACAAGUACUUUAAUUUGUAUAUGAAUGAAGAGAUUUUGAAAGAACCUUCUCUAUUGGGUACACAAUCUCCACAAGUGAUUUGUGAGUUAUUGAGAAGAUUGAGAGUGAAGAAGGAACAUCAAUAUUAUCAUACCUUGUAUUUCCUUGGUGGAUGUAUUGCAUUCAUGUCAUCCUAUUAUUAUCUAAUGAAAAGAAUUGCUGUAGUGAAUCAUAAACCAUAA